AUGGGUUUCUUUGGAGAAUGUAAUGAGCUGAAACUAACAUGUGACCUAGACCAUGCCGAGGAAUCUCACCGCGAGGUGUAUGAGAGAGGCCAGGAGUAUCACCACGAGGCCAAGUUCUCGCACGAGGCUAUCGCUGGCGCCGCUUCCUUUGCGGGCAUGAAGGCUUGGGAGGACCACCAGCGCAAGGAGGGCAAGCCUGUGAAGCACGCCUUUGCCAAGGAGCUUCUCGUGGGUCUGGUCGGUGCUGAGGUUGACAAGCUUGCCGAGACCAAGGGUAUGGACGCAAUUGAUAGACAGAAGGCCCACCACGAGAGCAAGAAGCACGCCGAGGCGAUGUACGAUGAGCAUUACGGCCGCCACGGCGGUGACGAGUGGCACCCUCACUACGAGCCUCACCAGCACUUUGAGCGCCGUGAGCGCUUCGAGCGCCAG